UUUCGGGGAACUGGAAGGAGCAGGAUGCUGGGGGACUUGCUGAUUUGCGGGACGCUGUUGGUCAAUGCAGGAGCAGUGCUGAACUUCAGGCUGAAGAAGAAGGAGAGCCAGGGCUUUGGUGAAGAGGUGAAGGAACCAACAACAGGUGAUAAUAUCAGAGAGUUUUUACUGAGUCUGAGGUACUUCCGGAUCUUCAUUGCUUUGUGGAAUAUUUUCAUGAUGUUCUGCAUGAUUGUGUUAUUUGGAUCUUAAAACACAUCUGAUGGACUGAGGUGACAACUGUAAAUGUUAUACUUGGGA